AUGGAUAGUUGGAAUCAGACCAAAUUUGAUCAAUUUAUUCUUACAGGAUUAACCAAUGAUCAAGUUCUUCGGGUUUUUCUCUUUGUGGUUUUUCUAAUUAUCUACAUAUUUUCAUUUAUGAGCAAUUUUGGUAUGAUUUUGUUGAUAAAAAUGCAUCACAAUCUACAAACACCUAUGUACUUUUUUUUGGGGAACCUGUCCUUUGUUGACAUGUGUUAUUCUUCGACCAUCACACCAAAAAUGCUUUCAGGAUUUUUGAUGGAACAAAACUCAAUUUCCUUUGUCGAAUGUGUUAUGCAAAUGUCUUUAUUUGCGAUGUUUGCUACUUCAGAGUGCUUUUUGGUCACAGCCAUGGCGUAUGAUCGUUAUGUAGCAAUAUGCAGACCUCUCUUCUAUCAUAAACUUAUGGACAGUGCUACUUGUUGGUGGAUGGUAACAGGUGCCUAUUUAAGUAGUUUACUGGCUUCUGUAUCCCAUACAGUCACUAUUUUUAACUUCCCUCUAUGUGGUACAAAUAAAAUAAACCACUUCUACUGUGAUAUCCCUCCCCUUUUAAAACUUACAUGUGUCAACUCCAGUCUCAGAAAAACUGUUGUAUUUUCUUUGUCAUUAGUAAUGGGAAUAAUUUCUUUCUUUGUGAUACUGAUGUCAUAUGUGUCGAUAAUAUCAAGUAUUUUAGACAUUAAGUCAACUGAAGGUAGAUCAAAAGCCUUCUCCACAUGCGGAUCCCACCUCACUGUAGUUAUCUUGUUCUAUGGCUCAGUGUUUUGUAUCUACUUCCGUCCCAGCAUAGGCUUAGACUUGGAGAGCAUUGACAAGUUCUUUUCCAUUUUUUAUACUGUGGCUUCUCCCUUGCUGAACCCUCUUAUCUAUAGUUUUAAGAAUGUUGAAGUAAAAAGAGCAAUGAUAAAUGCUUAUGUCCAAAAAAGAAAAGUUUCUUCUGAAUAG